AUGGCGGGCGUGGCGCCCCAGGACGAUGCGGUGACGGAUGCUGCGCGACGCAAAAUUCUCAUGAUCGGACCGCGUCGCGCGGGGAAAACGAGCAUCUGCAAAGUCGUGUAUGAAUCUUUCCAGCCGAAUGAUACCCUCUUCCUGACGCCCACGAUGCGUACGCAAACAGUGAACAUGGAUACGUUCCAAGCAUUGCAGCUGCUCGAUGUGCCGGGGAGUGCCCUUGCGAACUGGGUCACCGAUAGUCCACGCGCAUCGGACGCGGACGAGCGCGGGCCGCGUACCAAGAUGGCCUUCGAUAUACCAUGGACGGAUGUGAGCGCCGUGAUUUAUGUCGUGGAUGCGCAGGACGAGUACUUUGAUGCCCUCGUGCGCCUGAAUGCUGUGAUAGUCGCUGCGUACAUGGAGAAUCCUGAUAUUCAUGUGCACGUAUUCAUCAACAAGGUCGAUGGACUGAGUGAGGACUACAAGUACGAUACGCAGCGCGAUAUCGAGCAGCGUGUCUACGAGGGUCUGCUCAACUCGACGCACGAGCUGCAAGGUGUUCUGGACGAAGAUACGCGCCUCGACAAGGCGGUGCGUCUGCAUUUUUACCUGACGUCCGUGUUCGAUGCGAGUGCAUUUUUGGCCUUUUCGCGUAUCCAGCAGCGCCUCUUGCAGGGGACAGAGAGCGAAGUACAGCAUGCGCCCCCGGGCAUGGUCAGCUUGUCGGAUGCCCUCGAGACGGCGUGUAACCUGCUGUGCACGGCGUGCUACUUUGAAAAGGCGUACGUCUUUGAUGUGCCGAGCCGGACGUUUGUCGGGUGCGAUACGUCGCCCUUCGAUGCGUCGCUGUACAAUAUCGUGUUUCGGUACAUGCACUUUUUGCUCCAGUUUUCGGAGCUGUACGCCCAGGUGCCUGAUGCCGUCGAGCACCCUGUCCGCACCCGCGAUUGGUCUACGAGUGUGAUGCGACUCAGUCACGACACGACGGUCGCGUUUUGGCAGCUUGAUCACCACCUGGCGCUUCUCGCCGUCGUUCACACCAAUGUGCAACUGCGCAACGCCACCAUUCUCGACUACAACCUCGGCCUGUUCCGUGACGCGGUGGCGCAACUGGCCGCCUUGGCUCGCUCGUAG